AUGGCUCCAGAAGUUAUCAAUCGACGAGGGCAUUCGAUGGCUGCUGAUUUCUGGUCGUUAGGUGUUUUGAUGUUCGAGAUGCUGACUGGACACUUACCAUUCCAAGGACGAGAUAGAAACGAUACUAUGAAUCAAAUCCUCAAAGCAAAACUCUCGAUGCCACAUUUCUUGACUCAAGAAGCGCAAUCACUGCUUCGUGCUCUUUUCAAACGGAAUUCCCAUAAUUCGUUCUAUUAG